AUGUUCAACUUCAUAAAGAAGUCGAGCGUUCUAGCGAGCGGAGACUCUACCAGCUACGAGGAACGAGACGGCGAGAAAGAGAGGAGGAAAAGGGAGAAGAAGGAAAGAAAAGAGAGGGAGAAACGGGAACGUAUAGCGGCUGGCCUCGAAGAGCCUUUGAGAUUAGAAGAGGUUCGAAGGUCAUUGAAACUCCGAGGACGCCGUAAAGAAAAGGAGAAAUUGCCGUCAGGUAUCACAGCCGACUAUACCGCCUCUCUCUUUGCUCACCUCGAACACGACUCGAACUAUUCCAACUACCCAAUAAUAAACACCUCGGGUUCAAACUCCAAUCUAAGCGACGAAAAUAACCAUUUAUCACCCGGAUACCCCACCACACAUACCUGGAACAAGAAAGAUGUGCUACAAUCUGACAGUUCAGAAACUUCGCUGAAUUCGUUAAAUAACCCCAACAAUGCCAAUAAUAGUCCACGUCAAGCGCCAAAUCUGCCGCCGAUACCUCCACGACCCCCUAAAAGAGGCAUUCUCAAGGGUCCAAGGUUGAGUAACACCAGCUCUAACUCCCAAGAAAGCAAUGUUCAUAACAUAGACACCGUGGACUACACAAAUGGCCAAGAUUCCAAUUUAUUGGCGAGGAACACUCAACAAAAUGAACUCAUUUCUUACGGUAUUCCUGCUUCUAAGAGUACAUCAUCCAGCGACGACAUGCAGCACGUGCAAAAUUUUACGAAAAAAGUAAUUCAUAGUCCCGUUGAAACUCAAUUCAAAAAUUAUAAAAACAAUGCAAACUCAUCAGCCAAUAGACAAGAUGUGGAAGACACACCAAAGACGAAUGGUAACAGCUACCUUGGAGUAACUUCCACCUCGCCUAGUGCUGACUCACUCACUGACACCACAAAUUCUUCCUUUGCUACUCCGCCUUUUUCAACGUCACCCGUUGGCGAAUCUCAAGGUUUUCACCGUUGGUCUAGGACCAGUACUUUUGACGAUGUCUACUUACCAUUACCGGCAUUGACUCCCUUACAUCUCCCUAAACCAAGGAUACUGACCAUACAACGCCAGAAGGCACCCAGAAAUGAUUUUGGGUUUAGUCUUCGUAGAGCUGUGAUUCAGGAGAGGGUGUUUAUUGGUGAUAUAAAGGAAUUGUCGGAAAAUACAAUGGCUAACGAUGAGAAUAAAUCAAAUGGGAAUGUAAUUACCAGUAAAUUGACGUAUAAGGCAGUGAUUCUGGCUGAGCCGGGGUCCUAUCCUGGUUCAAGCGAAACCGGAUUGAUGCCAGGCGAUAGGUUGAUAGAAGUCAAUGGAGUUAACGUGGAAGGAAAGAGUAGAGAAGAAGUGAUUGAUCUCAUUAAAAGCAGUCAGGAAUCUGUGACAGUGAAGGUACAACCAGUGGCAGAAUUGUGUGAGCUAUCUCGGAGGCGCGCUGCAGAUGGUGGCGCUGAAGUAGAUCUCUCUGAUAGCAACGUUAGAGGCGGGACCCUGAGCAGAUCGGGCAGUAGGCGGUUUAUCAGCACCCAGGUUAGUCAUAGAAUAAAGAGAAGUUCAAACGAAAUAUUGAAAUCAUAG